AUGGCUGCCCCAUGCCGCGCUCCAUCCUGGAAGGGCCUAGUGGAGGAGAUUCUACAAUCAACAUUGGAAAAUGGUCUCGACAUUCAACAGAUCAGCGCUGAUGAUCUAGCCAAAUUUCCACCAGGAAUCCUGCCCCUCCUUCGAACUCUUCCAAUCGAACUACCCGAGGUAGAUGUUGAACCGGUACCAUCGGACAAUCCAGAACACUUCGAGUUUAACAUGAAAGGGGUCCUCAGAUUCGACCACGAACAGGCGGCCAGAGCCCGCAACAUCUUGGAUGCUCUUGAGAAUGGCGCCACUGAUCCAGAGACGCUUACCCAAGGGGUUGACAUUUGCUAUGAGCUUGGUGGCCAGAGGCUCUUUGUACUCAUAACAAGCAUCUUAUACAGACACAACCGCCAGCCCAGUGAGAUUCAUGAAAUCAUUGCCCGCCUCGCGAAGCCUGACGCUCGGGGGCUAGGAUGGGAUUCUAUUAUAACAUACAACUUCGACAAUUUUAUGGAGAUUGCGCUCACCGACGCGGCGGUGCCGAAUGCCGGCUGGGCGAUGAAGGGAGAUCGGAUGUGCGGCGAUCCUUGUUGGCUGGCCAUUGAAAAUCAAGGAAGGAACCCGUCCGCACGGCACCAGGCGGUUUACCACUUGCAUGGCUACACGCCAAAGAAGCGGUUCAACAUCGCAGGGGUCGGAUUUGUUCUCGCCGACUCCCAGUUCAAAAGUCGCUACGCUGAGGGCCAGCCCAUUACGCCAAUCUUUCGGUUGGUGGAAAACAAGUACCUGGGGAAACCCAACCAUGUUGCUCUAUACGUCGGGUGCUCGUUCCAAGACAAAUAUAUGAACGGACUGGUGAAAGCCUCGUUCGACCGGUGUUAUGGUCGGUACCACUACGCCCUCAUGAAGUGGCCCACCAAAAGAAACGGGAAGGAGCCAACACAGGAGGAGAUUAGAGACGCUUCCAAGCAGUAUCUCGAGAUUGGUGUGCGUCCUAUCUGGUUUGACGAGUUUGGAGAAGAAAAGGGGCUUUUGGAACGUCUGGCAUAA